GCUCCUCUGUUCAGUGACGUUUCAUAUAGUGGGCACUUCCCCGUACUUCCUUGCUUGUUUUCUGAAGAACCGACGCCAGACGCCCUAUUUCAUUAUGCAUCUUUCCAGGGUUGGAAUUUACAUGAAGAGGAGAAAACGGGGCUGCUUUCAAGCCUGAACAUUUGUGUCUUCCUCUGCUUGGCUGUUGCUGUAUCUGCCUCUUGAAAUUGGUGCUCAUCCCCCCUCCCGUGCCAAUAUGCUGUGUUGGGGUAAUGCAAAGGAUGGGCAGUUAGGUGUUGGUGUAGAAAGGAGCCCAGUGUUUGAGCCAAAGAACUGCCAGGUGUUCUAUGGCAGGGGCCUAAAAGAGGUUGCCUGUGCGGGGCAACACUCAAUGUUCCUUUUACAAGAUGGUAGUGUCUACACAUGUGGCUCUAACAGCUGUGGACAACUUGGUCAUGACAAACAGGGGAAUGCCCCAGAACUUGUCGGCGCUCUGGAUACUCAGAAGAUAACAAUGGUGUCGUGUGGCUGGGCCCAUUCUAUGGCUGUCAAUGAGAAGGGCCAGGUGUUUGCUUGGGGAUCUGGUGAAGGGGGGCAGCUCGGUUUGGGGACUGCAGAGACCUCUGUUCGAAUCCCCAGAUUGGUAAGAAGACUGUACGAUCAUCGUAUCUCUCAAGUAAUGUGUGGGAACCAGCACUGCAUUGCACUUUCAAGAGAUGGUCAGCUGUUCACGUGGGGCCAGAAUACCAGUGGUCAGCUUGGUCUAGGGAAAGGGGAACCCAGCAAGCUCGCCCCUCAACCCUUAAAGUCUCUGGCAGGAAUUCCUUUGGCACAAAUCACCGCUGGAGGAGACCAUAGCUUUGCACUUUCCUUGUCUGGGGCCGUCUUCGGAUGGGGCAAGAACAGAGCUGGACAGCUGGGGCUCAAUGAUAAACAAGAUCGUGCUGUUCCUUGCCACAUCAAAUUUUUGAGAUCUCAAAAAGUCGUUUACAUCAGCUGUGGGGAGGAACAUACAGCAGCGCUUACAAAGGAUGGUGGAUUGUUUACAUUCGGUGACGGUUCUUGGGGUCAGCUGGGUCAUGGCUCCUCCAAUAAUGAACUUUUACCCAGACGAGUUAUGGAGCUCAUGGGCACUGAGGUGUCCCAGAUCGCCUGUGGCAGACACCACACUUUGGCGUUUGUGCCUUCGUCCAACAUGGUGUAUGCGUUUGGAUGUAACAGCCAUGGCCAGCUGGGCACAGGAAUAAUGAGAGAUGCCAGAAGCCCAUUUCCUGUCAAGAGCACUUUCUGGGCUGGUUUUGUUAAAGAAGGUCCAAAAGAGUAUAUAGUGACCAAAGUUGUCUGUGGAGGAGACCAUAGUUUCCUAUUGUACUCAAAUGGGCAGAGUUCUGUUCCUCCUGAAGACUUCCGAGUGGUUAACAUCAGUAAAAGCCUCUCCCCCAUCAAUUAUGAAAGGUUGAAUUCAUGGAGGUUAAAACUGAUGUACAGCACAGAUUCUGGUGUCACAAAUGACAUCAUAAUUCAGCUUUCAUCUACAGCUUGUUGGAACGCCAGUUUCCUGGACCAAAGUGAUGAUGCCCACUUCAAAACCAACCCAAAGAUCCCAGGCAUCGAUAUAAACUCAGUCAGGUUACUGUUUGAGACUUUGAGUAAACCGGCGUUCUCUGGACUCAUGGAGCAGACCAUCAAGAGUUUUGAGAGCCUGUUGAUCCCCCAGCUGCCACGCUCUCCACCAGAUGUCGAGGCCAUGAGGAUCUACCUCAUCUUGUCCGAGUGCCCACUUAUGCACGACUCCAAGAAUUUCAUCCGCCUCACAAUUCCUUUCGCAAUGGCCAUCCUCCGGCUAGACGCCAAUCCCAGCAAAGUAUUAGAUAACUGGUGGAGUUGUGUAGACGGCAGCGUGUUCACCAGAAUGGUCGACAUGUACAAGCGCAUUGUUGUGUUUAUGUUGACCGGCGGGAAGACCCUGCUCGUACCUGUGUUUUAUGAUAACUAUUUUCAUGCCACACUAAGGCUGUUGGAGAAACUCCACAAGGUAAACUUAAAGGCCAACCAUGUGGAGUACAACCACUUUUAUGUUCCUGAUAUCACCAGCCUGGUGGACAUACAGGAAGACUACCUCAAGUGGUUUCUGAGUAGAGCUGAACGUAAAGCAGGAUCGUCCCCUCCACAGAAUGAAAUGCCCCCUGUGAACCUAUGUGCCUACCCGUUCAUACUGAACGCUCAAGCCAAGACAACCAUGCUGCAAACUGAUGCUGAACUGCAAAUGCAGAUGGCAGUAAGCGGUGCAAACCUACACAACGUCUUUAUGCUGCUCACACUGGAACCACACCUAGCAAGGAACCCUUACCUAGUGCUGCAUGUACGGAGGAACCAUUUAGUCAGUGACACCCUGCGUGAACUCACCAUGUACUCUGACGUGGACCUCAAGAAACCACUCAAGGUGAUCUUCGAUGGUGAGGAGGCUGUAGAUGCAGGUGGAGUUACUAAAGAGUUCUUCCUGCUGCUGCUAAAGGAACUGAUGGAUCCUGUCUAUGGGAUGUUCACACACUACAAAGAGUCCAACCUGUUGUGGUUCUCAGACAAAUGUUUUGUAGAGCAGAACUGGUUUCACCUGAUCGGGAUCAUCUGCGGUCUGGCCAUCUACAACUCCACAGUGGUGGAUCUCCAUUUCCCACUGGCUCUAUACAAAAAGCUGCUGGAUGUGCAACCCACUCUGGACGACUUCAAGGAGCUGUCGCCCACUGAGGCCAGGAGUCUACAACAGCUUCUAGACUAUGAGGGCAAUGAUGUGGAGGACACCUUUUUACUCAAUUUUGCCAUCACCAGGGAGAACUAUGGGAUGACGGAGGUGAAGGAGCUCAUCCCUGGAGGAGAGAGCAUCAGCGUGGACAAAAACAACAGGACGGAGUUUGUGGACGCCUACCUGCGCUACGUGUUCUCAGACUCAGUGAAAGAGCAGUACGCCGCCUUCUCCUCUGGUUUCCUGAAGGUGUGUGGUGGAGAGAUCCUGUGGCUGUUCCAGCCCUCUGAGCUGAUGGCCAUGGUGGUCGGCAACAACAACUACAACUGGGAGGAGAUGGAGAAGAAUACUGUGUACAAAGGUGAAUACACAGCCACUCAUCCCACAGUGCGCUUGUUCUGGGAGGUCUUCCACGAGUUCCCUCUGGAAAAAAAGAAGCAGUUCUUAUUGUUCCUCACAGGCAGCGACCGCAUUCCCAUCCAUGGCAUGGAGAGCCUAAAGAUCGUCAUCCAGUCCACCACGGCGGCGGAGCACUACCUGCCCGUGGCCCACACCUGCUACAACCUGCUGGACAUGCCCCGCUACCAGACCAAAGAGAUCCUGCGCCGCCGCCUCACCCAGGCCGUGGAGCAGUACGAGGGCUUCAGCCUGGUCUGAGGGCGGCCGCUCCACCCGGACCGCCGCGUCCCAAGCACUUUGUUAGCAAUACGUCCCGACGACGGAGACGACGGAGCACUUCAGGACGGUGUCGCUCUUUUAACGCUCGUACGCGGCUGUUGAGCGUCUUAAAACUCAAAAGGCCUACGUACGUGGAAACGCAGAGUAUUAUUGUUCCGAUUCACAACGUUUAGGCCCGAGCCAGAACAUUUUAAAGGCCAAAAUGUUGGUAUUUAUGUAUUAGGACCACACUGAGGGGCAAAAAAUCUGAUAUUUUGAGUAAAGACUGACAAGAAGGUUUGUCAUUUGAGAGUAUUUUAAGGAAAAAAGUCAUAAUCAGAAAAAAAAAAAAAAAAAAAAAAAGCUUAAUAUUAAUUGUGUUCGGUGUUACCUGGACAACAGCUUUACUCUUCUGGUCAUUUGUCAUUUCAUUAUUUAUUUUAAGAAAUUUCAUACAGAUCAUGUUCAUAGGUAACUGGGAUGGACUCCAGCCCCCACCACCACCACCACCACCCUCAGUGAAGCGGUUCAGAAGGUGACCGACUGACUUCAUACAGAUUUAAUUCUCAUAAUAUUUGACUGUUUCCUGAAAAUUAGCUGGUUUUAUUGCCAUAAUAUCAGUGUUUUUCAUCGUCAGUGUGGCUCUAACACCUUCUCUGAUCGCAGACGUGGUUCGGACAAGCGGAGUCUGAAUGUGAGAGAGUUGAGAAACUGACUUUAGGUUGUAUUUAGUUUAUUUUCUCUUCUUUUUUUUUUUGCAAAGCUGUGUAUUUUAUAUUCAACUGUUUAAAUUCUAUUUUUCACCUUUAAAGGAUUACUAAAGUUAUUACCUUGACACAGUAUAUGUACUUGUUUUUUUUGUUACUUUCGAUUUUAUCAAAUAGAGGGGUUAUUUUUUUGACAAAUAAAUGCUGUAUGUAAAUGUAUGUAA